UACAACACUUAACACAACAAAGGCAUAAAAGGCCACAUAGAAUUCGUAAUAAUACAAAAAAUACAGAAACUACGCCACGGAAAUUCAACUCUAAACAAAUAAUCAACAAUUUCGGGUAUCAAAAAAAUACACGUUUCGGCAAGCAACCGCAAAACAAAUCUCGAAGCUUUGGCAGCAAUUGCAUUUCUAUUGGUAAAUUAGCCCCCACAACAACCACAAGUACAACACCCCAGCAGCAAAUCUAAAAUGGCACGCGGUCACCAGAAAAUUCAGUCGCAAGCGAAGGCGGCCGAGAAGCAGGCAAAGAUGAAGAAGCAGCAGGGUCACAGUGCCAACGAUCAAAAGAAGGCGGCCCAAAAGGCGCUUGUGCAUGUGUGUGUGCUGUGCAAGUCGCAAAUGCCGGAUCCCAAGACUUAUAAGCAGCAUUUUGAGAACAAGCAUCCGAAGAAUGAUAUGCCCGAGGAGCUGAAAGACUUGUAACUUGUGCCGGUGGCAGAAUACAAUAAAUAAAUACAUUACAUACAAUUUAAAUAUAUAUAGAGGAAAUGCAAAAUAAUUGAAUUCAAAUUAAUGAAGGAAAUAUCAACUAAAUGACGAGUUGCCUACCACUACGAUAUAUAACAGUAAUAUUAAUAACUCUUGCAACAAUAAAAAUGUAAACAAUCAA